GAAUACAUACCAUUUCUGAUAUAUCCUACUUAUGGAUCCUUGAAUUUUGUACAGACUCUUUGCUCUUGUACACCGUGUAUCAUGUCUUCUGAACUUCGGUACACUGCCAAUACACAACUCGAACAUUUGCACGCUCGUUAUACGGGAACCGGCCAUGCGGAUUUGACGAAGUAUGAUUGGUUGACCCACCAGCACCGUGAUACUCUCUCCUCCAUAGUAGGUCACCCCACUUUGACGGCUUACCUUGCCAUCGCAGACGGCGCCUGUACUGGCCGAGUGAAGUAUGAGAUGACCGAAAAAAUGCUUCAGCCAUGCGGCCCGCCUCCUAGGAAAGACGAUGACUAGAUAUUUGGAUCGUAAAUACUCAUGUAGUUCAAUGGUAUUAGUAACGAUGUAUUCUCGUUACUGUCCGGGAACACCAAGCCGAGGUAUCUGCGCAAUGCCAAAUUAAGUUAAAGUGAGAGAGAUAGAGUGAUAUCCGGUUUGUCAAACAAUGUAUGCUGUUUUUGG